UCAGCCGUACGAAAACUCCGUGACGCGCGAAUUGCGCCUAGUUGUGUUUGGAAGAGGAAGUGUGGCUAAGUGUUAGUCACGAGGGUUUGGUGAGUAACUUAAACAAACGCACAGGGCAAUGCGUAUGAUUCUGCAGGUUGACCGGUGGUUAUGGGAGUUCGUGGUUUAAGCUCCUUCUUCAACCUGAAUCCCGAUCUUUCGGAAUGGAAGAAUCUUCACGACACCAAGUUGGUCAUCGACGGCAACAAUCUGAUUUACAUGCUGUACUACAGCUCACAUCUAGAAUGUGUUUAUGGCGGCGAUUAUGACAGGUAUGCAGCGGCAAUCAGAAAUUAUUUUGGCAUCUUCAAGACUUGCAAUGUCGAGGUCAUCCUCGUGUUUGACGGGGGCCACGACGUCUCGGACAGGAAGCUCAAGACAUGCCAACGCCGCCUCCAGGACCGCCUAACCACCGCCAAAGCCAUCGCACGAACUGGAGCAGCCAACCAGAAGAUAUUGCCCAUUCUGGCUCAUGAUGUCUUCAAGGAUGUCGUUCGGGAGCUUGGCAUUCCCGUCAUGCAGUGCAGCUCCGAAGCAGACGAAGAGAUAACCGCUAUCGCAAACCACUUUGGAUGCCCAGUUGCCAGCCAGGACAGCGACUUCUACAUCUUUGACAUUGCAGGGGGCUUCAUCCGACUCGAUUCUAUCGCCAACGUUCCCUCGACAAUUGCUGUUGGUGACGCGAAAGUGAGCGCUCUCUCCUGCCGGUGGUACCACAUAGACCACUUACUAGCUCACUUCCCGGGCUUUGACCGCUGUCUGCUGCCCCUCUUUGCGACCCUGCUGGGUAACGACUUUGUCAACGGAAGCACAUUCGAAAACUUUCUCGGCAGAAUCAAGCUCCCGAAGCUGUCCAAACGGAAGUUGAAGAUCAGCAAGCGACACACCAACAUGAUCGGGCUCCUGCACUGGUUGCAGAUGGCCACAAGUGUCGAAGGCACAAUCUCACAAGUGCUGGUCACGCUGAAGUCCGGAGUCCGCGACGAAGCGGAGAAGUCGAUCCGCGACGCAGUGAUACGCUACGGAGCCCGCAGCUCGUCGUUCGUGAGGAACCUCCAAGACGGCAGCCAGCUCGAACUGCUCAAUUCGUCGGGAGUGCCAUUUCCACGGUGGUUUGCGGAGCAGUUCUUUUCCGGCGUGCUGAGCCCGUACCUUCUCAACGUCGCCAUUGUGCACAAGGUGUUUCAUCUCACUCAGAUAGACUGCUUCGAGAUGCCAAGCAGCUACGCCUGUUCGCUUCCGCUGCGGAAGACACUUUAUGGCCUCGUUUUGGCUGCUGAGGAAGGUUCGGAUGUGGCCGUUGAGGAGUUCGACAGGGAGGGCAAAAACAUGGUCAGGCGUCUCGAACGGCCAUCGUACGAAGUUUCUCGUUUUGGACGUCUGCCGAAGUUACAUAAAAUCGAGGAGCUGGACGUUUUGACCAGGCGCAGGCUGUUUGACUGCAUCUUCGAGUUCGACGCCUGCGCGCUAAAAUACCCAGAGCCCUUGCACAUCAUGCUGGCGGUCGUCAGCUACUGGCUGCAACACGCGUGUUCGCCGACCAACGAAAACCUGCUCCGUUCGUUGCUGCUGAACACGGUUCUCCUGCGGUUACUUCCACAAGCAACCCAGUCCUCAAAGAAAGUCUGCGGCAAACCGAGGUCUACAUCAGAUGACCCAAAUCCCAUACACAUUCAGGAAGUCUUACUCGGUGUGCAGGACGAGCAGAUGACGCAGGUCGUCAUCGACGAGACCUGCAAGAACUUCUCAAAGUUUUGGAGCCGCCCCACGCACAACCACGCGCGGCACUUUGACGCCGACCUCGUUUAUUCGUGCUGCCAGCUACAGACGUGCCUGAUGUUUGCGAGGUCGAUCAACAGGGUGCUCCUUCGGCCGUACAGUGACGCACAGUUCCAUCGGUCGUUCAACGGCACUUUCCUCUACAACUUCACCAAAGAACUGGACACGCGACCCAAGCCAGACCUCUUCAUAGCCGAGUACCUCGGACGGGGUUCUCCUCUCGAAGUUGCGUUUUCGGGAUUUUACAAAGAGUUCCGCAGCAUUCUGCCAGACUGCUGUUUUGAGCGAAGAGCUGCGCCAUCUAGGAAGAAGAAGAAGAAGAAGCGCAACGUCAGCGACAAACAUACCGACGGAGAAGAGUCUGAGGAGUCGGUGGUGCUGUUGACGAAUCGGUUUGCAGACCUGUGACAUGGGGAUGAAGCCCAUUUCCACAUUGUGCAUACUAUAUACAUUUUUUUAGAAUGUCGUCGCAAAACACAAGGAACUAUAUACGA